GCCGUGCGCCCCGGAGCCGGGGCGGGUGCAGCAGCAGCCGGGGCUCCCGGGAGGGCGGAGCGGCCCGGCGCCGAGAUGCCGCCCGGCAAGGUGCUGCAGCCGGUGCUGAAGAUGAAGGUGGACGAGCUGUUCCUGUGCUGGCUGAGCGAGUGCAGCACCCAGGCCAUGCUGCGGGACUGUCUGCAGCGCAUCCAGGCGCCCGGCUGGGCGGGAAGGGCCGACGGGGACGCGCCCGGGCCGGGGUCGGACCUCCAGACCCGCGUGCCCAGGCCGCCGGCGCCCGCGGGGACCCCCAGCCCGGCGCCCGCGGGGACCCCCAGCCCGGCGCCCGCGCCCCCCGCGCUGCCCCUGGGAGCCGCCUCCAGCUCCAGGAACGGGCCGCCCCUCCGAGGGACGCGUAGGUCCGCAGGGACGAGAGCAGUCCAGACCAAGAAGGAGGAGCCUCUGCCCCCAGCCUCCAGCCGAAGCAUUCCAGCCUUUUACUUCCCGAAAGGACGUCCACAGGGAACCGUCCAUGUUGACGCUGUCAUCGCCCGGAUAGAGACAGCUUUCACCCAGUUUCCACAUGAGCGGGCCACCCUGGAGGACAUGGGCCGGGUGGCUAAGGCCUGUGGCUGCCCGCUGUACUGGAAGGGGCCGCUGUUCUACGGUGCCGGGGGAGAGCGCACAGGCUCCGUGUCCGUUCACAAGUUCAUCGCCAUGUGGAGGAAGGUCCUCCAGAACUGUCACGAUGACGCCGCCAAGUUUGUGCACCUCCUCAUGAGCCCUGGGAGCAACUACCUGGUGCAGGAGGACUUCGUGCCCUUCCUCCAGGACGUUGUGAACACGCACCCCGGCCUGUCCUUUCUGAAGGAGGCGUCCGAGUUCCAUUCCCGCUACAUCACCACCGUUAUCCAGCGGAUAUUCUACACCGUGAACCGGUCCUGGUCGGGACGAAUCACAUGCAUGGAGCUCAGGAAGAGCACCUUCUUGCAGAACGUGGCACUCCUGGAGGAGGAAGCCGACAUCAACCAGCUAACGGAGUUCUUCUCCUACGAGCACUUCUACGUCAUCUAUUGCAAGUUCUGGGAGCUGGACACUGACCACGACCUACUCAUCGACCCCGACGACCUGGCCCGGCACAACGACCACGCCAUAUCCAGGAAGAUGGUGGAGCGGAUCUUCUCAGGUGCAGUGACCAGAGGCAAGAAGGUGCAGAAAGAGGGGAAGAUCAGCUACGCCGACUUCGUCUGGUUCCUCAUCUCAGAGGAAGACAAGAAGACCCCCACCAGCAUCGAGUACUGGUUCCGCUGUAUGGACCUGGACGGGGACGGGGUGCUGUCCAUGUAUGAGCUUGAGUACUUCUACGAGGAGCAGUGCCGCCGCCUGGACAACAUGGCCAUUGAGGCGCUGCCCUUCCAGGACUGUCUCUGCCAGAUGCUCGACCUGGUGCAGCCCGAGCAUGAAGGGAAGAUCACCCUUCACGACCUGAAGAAGUGCAAACUGGCAAACGUGUUCUUCGACACAUUUUUCAACAUCGAGAAGUACCUCGACCAGGAGCAGAGGGAGCAGGUGUCCCUGCUCAGGGAGACUGAGAGCGACGGCCCAGAGCUCUCUGCCUGGGAGAAGUACGCUGCUGAGGAGUACGACAUCCUGGUGGCAGAGGAGGCUGCCGGGGACCCGUGGAACGACGGGUACGAGCCCGAGCUCAGCCCCGUGGACCCCAAGCUGCGCCCACAGCUGGACACGAGGCCUUUCCUGGAGGCGUCAUCCGCAUUGGGCACCGUGGACCUGUACGAGUAUGAGGGCGACGAUGGCCCGCAGCUGCUGUGACCGCAGGGGACGGGGAGGGGACGACAAACAGCCAGUCAGCUCAGCAGUGGUUGGCCACUGCCCCCAGACAUGGCGCAGGCUGGUAUAGGACAGACAGACAGUUAGUUGCUGCAACGUCUUUAUAGAAACAAAGUGCGUUUGUAUGAAUGAUAAAUUUUUAUUUAUUCAGUACUGUGCUGUCAGGGUGGU